GCCAUUUUGGAAGCAUGGAGUGGAGAGAAGACUGAGCGAGCAAGCUUCUCAGCAUCACGCCUUCUAAUAACCGACUUUUCAAGUUUCGACGGAAGGCUACGAAAUUCCAAAGCAGAUUUGGUGGUUUUCAAGGGUUAUUUCAGUUGUCUACGUCUGUCCAUUGAAUAGGGCAGAUGUUGUAACUUUGUCCUUGGAGUACCAUGUUGAUGUAGAAUUUCAACUUACGACCCGAGACAAGACUUAACGAUCGCAAGUGAUAUGGGCCAGGGGUUUGUGAAAGACUUGUGACUAAACGGAAGAAGCUCAGAGGAUUGACACCCUUAGGACAUUCCAAGAUCUGUUUAUUCUUCAACAAUGUGGUAUUGAGAAAAGUCAGCUUUACUGUAACAAAGGAUCAUCCCUGUGACAUUAUUUGGAAGUCAUCAUUGGAGUUCUUGUCAUGUCUAAUUGGCUUGUAACAUAUCAAAUGUGAAAUGUUCAGUCUCUGACCACUGUUGUUGAAAAGAAGUUAAAUAGUCAUUGUCCUAGCUGCAUUAGAUUGGAGUGUUCACUGCUAGUAACUUUUGUUAUUGCAUUUGGAUUCUUCAGUCUUCACAGGAGGCUAAGACAGGCUGAAGCAAGUGACCUUCAGUGAUGACCUCACAAGGGGAUGACUGUUAUUUCUAUUACUACUCAACAUGUGCAAAGGGAGAGGAAUGUCCUUUCCGACAUCAACCAGCAGCACUAGGAUGUGAAGUAAUUUGUGAAGAAUGGGAAAAAAAUGGAAGAUGUUUGAGACCAGUUUGUCGUUUCAGGCAUAUGUUGAUUGAGGAGCGCAGGUCUCGCACUCAAUGUUACUGGGAGUCGCAACCAAGUGGUUGCUUGAAGCCAUUCUGUCCAUUUCUUCACACCAAGCCAAGACCCAAUGAGCAGUCAAACACAAGCACUUCAGUUCCUACUAUUUCAACGCCUGCUCAACCCCUCCCAGUUCCACCUACACCUGCACCUCCUUCCUCAGCUGGUCCACAAAAUGUCAGGUCAAUUCCCACCAUAUCAAGUACUCCAAGACCGAGACAACCUCUACACCAAAAUGUUUCCAUAGGAAGACAACCGGUGACACCCAUCUCAUACCCAACAGCACCCAACAGGCUUGUAGUGGCGCCACAACCCCCUCAGAUGAUAAGGACACCUCAGUAUACCGGACCUCCACGCCUAGCAGGGAUAGUUCAGCCUGUUCCUGUGGACAGAGGGUUUCCACCUGUACUUCCACAUGUUCCAGUGCGAUUUGGGAGAGGCAUGCCAGCUCCACAGAGAUAUCCUCAUCUUGUGAACAUGUACAUGGGAAGACCAGAAGGCUCAGCAACAUCAUUCUUGCCGAAAGGGGGUUUUCAAGAGGAUAGAUAUGACCGUCAAGAUUCAGACUCCUACUCCAGUAGUGGAAGUGAUGAUGAAAGGAGAAAAUCCCACCAGACAUCCCGCCGGAAAGUACGUAACAGUUCACAAAGAGAAGUGUUCUCCAGUGACAGGCGAGAUACGCGCAAUAACCGGAAACCAGGUCAUGAGAGGUACAGGACUGGAGAUCGCAGAAGAACAGAUGGAUCAAAAGACAAAAAUAAAGAUUCUACAGAUGCGGAACGGGAGAGGUCCAGGGACAGGAGGAGACCAUCACGAAGAUCUGAUAAAGAAUCGGAGGAAAAGGAGAGAAAGGAAAGUAUAGAAAGACAAAAGAGAAAGAAGAGCCCAUCGCAGGAUGAAAAAAAUGAAGAAAAAGAAGAGAAGGAGGACAUGGCAAAGGAUGAGAACAGUCCAGGCAUCAAGGUAAAAACCUUGGAGGAGAUACUUCGCGAGAAAGCACUAAAGAAACUUGAAGAGAGAAGAGCACAGGCAAAAAGUGAAGAGCAAAAAGAAGCUGAAGAUGGUAAAGAAGAUGAAGAAAGUAUGGGCAAAGGUGAAGGUGCCAACAACGAAGAAGAAGAAGAGUGUGCUGUUAUAGAGUCUGAAAGCAAUACUAAACAUUUAUUAGAUGAGAAGGAUUAUAACAGUGUAGAAUCGUCAUCUGAGAAACCUUCUGUUGCGAGAAAGGUAUCUUUAAAUGACAGAAAGAGAUCCCCUGUCAAAAAACUUAUCGGUUUGAAAAAUAAUUCUAUCAACAGCAAAAGAAGUAGUAAUGCAGAUUCAUCCUCUGAAGAGGUAACUCUGACCAAAAGAGUUUCUGCAAAUUCUGAAGAGAACGAAAAUGUGAACGAGAAAGUAACCACAAAUGAACCUCCAUCGCCCUUUCAACAAGUGAGAGUGAAAUCGUUUGAGGAAAUAAUGCAAGAAAAACGGAAAAGGAAAGCUGAACAAGAAGGCCCUGGAGAUUCUGUGCAAGAUUUGAGUGGAGAAUCGAGCGGACAGGUAAACAGCAGCACUGCAACUGCAACGUCGAUUCCACCCAAGAGAUUAAAAAGAUUGGUUCGGAAAUCUUCUGACGAUAGCGACAAAGAUACUAAGGUUGUGUCAUCGUCUGCUGCAGAGACUGAUAGCAAAGUCGAAAUUAGGAAGAAAAGAACAGUGUAUGUCAUGGACAAGCCAAGUUCAAGUAAAGACAGCAAAGAAAAUGAUGUUACAUCCACUGCAUCUAAUGGAGAGAAUAAGCCACAGAAGGCUAGUGUGAAAAAGCCUGCAGUGGCCGAACGUCUUGGACAACAGAAGGUCAGAGUGAAAAGCCUUGAUGAAAUAAUGGCUGAGAAAAGGCAGCGUGCAUCUCAGGAAAGUGUUGAAGCUCCAAAGGACAAAGAAGUCGCGAAAGAAGAAGAGAGAGGACUAAAGAACUCUCCGCAGAGGAACCAACAGAGGAAGCCUUUAAACAGAGUUUCAGUUCCUGUCAUAAAACCAAGAAGAAUCAAGGUCUGGGCUCAGGGAACGAGUAAACUUAAACCCACAGAAGAUUCUGUCAGCAGCAGUACAGUUGAUGAAACCCAGAAAGAUCACGAAUCACGGGAAAAAGCUCUACAAAGUGACAUGGAAUCAUCAAAGCUACCUGCAUUUCAGUCGGAGCCUGCCUUAGCUGAAUCACAGCUAAGACCAGCGGAUGCAUCAGUGGAGGAUGAAACACCUGCUCCUGAUCAGAGAAUUCCUAAUAAAGAAAAUUGCGCCAAAACUACUGCUUCUGAUGGGGAAGCGGGUACUGCACCUAACGAAUUCGGUCAUUGUACAAUCACGGUAGAAGCGGAUGAAUCUGGUCCAAAGACAACCAAAAUAGCUCCGGAACCCGAAGAGGCACAUGACAGUCCAGAGAAACCUCAACAUUCACCCCCAGAACAACAUGAUAUGGAAGAUACAGAGUCAUCCUUGGAAUACCAGCCGGGUGAACUAAAGGCUUCAAAGGAACCGCCAUCUCUUGAGGAGAUAAAGCGGGCAAUAGCAAACGAAAUGGCCAAGGACGACUUUUUCGACGAGUUCGGCGCGGAUGUCGAUUUCGGAGAACACGAUGAUGCGGCGGGGGAUAGCCUUGAGUUGAACGAAGACGACUUACUUAUGGAACUGGAUGAAAUGAUAAAUCAGUAGACCUAAAGAAUCCAUUUUAAGGAAGCUAAAACACGAUAAGAAUUACGGAGAAAUGGGGCACAGGACUGGAAAAAAGAGCGAGUCUGUUUGGAAUCUCGAACAGUAACGAUGAGUUACCGGCACGUGUGAAAAUGAAUCGUGGAGCAAAUGAAUGCAAUGGAAAAGUUAUAAAAUAGAAAAGCAAUUGAAAUGUACGCAUAAGCAUAAGAGACCUGCAGAGAUAGAUAUAAGAGAUUUUCAUGAAGACAGCUGCCAUGCUUCGUAUUGAACUAUCACAUUCAAAAUGCAGCAUUUUCCAGUUCUCCACAUACGCUCAUCAAAAGUCAAGUUUCUUCGAGCAGAUCCCAAUGGUGGUUGUUUCAAGGACGGUUUUUUAUUGAGAAAAUGUCAGCAGAGAGCCACAACUAACUGAGCAGCUCUACAGUAUUUUCUCCCACCUCUAGAAAGAGGAUCUUUCGCAUUCUCUGGCCUGCUCCAGAAUUAUGCCAAAAACUUUCCGAGUUAUUUCAAAGGCCUCCUAAAUACAACGGAGUUUGGUGGAAAAAGAUGAGUUUGGUUGAUACAAGAAAAAGCUGGCUUACAAGCACUGCGAAGAUUAAAGCGUACCAUAAAUUCAUUUUCGACGUGCGGCUCUGAUAAUGCAGACCCGUUGUCCUCUUUUACAUCUUUUGCUACACUACGUACACUCGGUUAAUAAACAGGUCAGUGUUUACAUCUCGCCCUCUGCCUCAUCCUGACUGAAUGUUCUUGUUAACUUCUAUUUGAUGGCAGAUACUGUCUUGCACCGAUUGAAAACUUAAGUUAGUAUCUUGUGUCUAUAGCGGAGGAUAGCAGUGAGUGGCCUUCAACUCAGACGGACUUUGUUAAUAAGGAUCAAUCCAAUUUCCAACAGCACUUUGUCAGAAUCUUUGGCAUUCUUAACAGUAGUCCAUCCACUUCUCAACAAAUGUAGUACGUUACUUUUGACACGAUUGUUUAGCAGGAAAUUUCCAUCAAGAUUUGCAUUUAAAAUUGCCGUUGCAUAGUAAUUGCAAGUGUCAUACCACAUUGAGACUGGUAUCUAAAACUGUGUUAAGAAAAGAAGACCUUGCGGAAGGAAUAUUACUUGGAAAGUCUCUGACAGUCCGGCGAUCAGAACGUUGUCUGUACACUCAUCAAAUGGAUGGCUUUCUGUCUCAAAAGCCGAGUCCGUUUUGGUAUUCAAUGCUUGGCUCGCGUCGAUUGUGUCCGCUAGUUACAUUCUCAGAUGUUAGUCUGGCCCGAAUGUGACGUAAAUUUACACCACCUUUGACUAUUCCCAUUGUACCAUGGGACUUCAUCUUUCUACCACCAAUCAGCGCCGUCAGCGGGAUCAACGCUUUUUAAGGGAAGACAUAUGCGACUGUUAAAUACGAUAGUUGUGAUGAAAAAUUAUAGCUUUUAAUGUGAAAGGAUUGAGAGAAAUCCCGGCUAGUUGUCACCAGUGCGAACAUCAUACGAACAAGGGUACAGGUCCAAGUCUGAAAUGUUAUAAUCGUGUGUCAACAUUUUCAUUUUGGAAGCCUGGCCAAAGUGGACAUUUUACUAAUGAGAAUAUCGUCUUCGUGGUUAUGCGCAGUUAUGGUUUAAAGACAGUUCUCUGAAACCUUAACUGUUAACAUUUCAGCGAGAGAGACAUUUGAAUUCUCUAAACAAAACGGAGCUUUUGAUAUGGCCUCAUGAUCAUGGUUUUUCCUUGAAGACUGUAGGCGGACUUAUCACAUUUGUCGCAGGUUCUUGUAGUUAGAUAAUUUAAAUGCUGCAAAAUUGAAAUCCAGCUGGAAAGUUGUUUGUUGCGCUAACGCAGUAGAUUGUCACGCGCAAAGAGUAAGCAAGAAAAAGUUAAAUUUCUUAAACUGGCUUAAUGAGUCUGACUAACAUAAUUAAUAUGCAUAUCUUCAAUGCGCGUGAAAAUCGUUAAAAAUUAGUCAAGAGGAAAGGAUUGGGUUUUUUUCCCGUAGGAGACUGUAUACAGGUCGUUCUCACAUUGUGACAAGAGUUUAGAUUUUUUAAGUCUGAAACGGAGUCAGUAAGACAAGAGUACGUGUACUUAGUUAAGCAUGCAAGACAUAGGCGUUGUGCUCUGUAAAGAAAGUUAUUGCGUCUAGUCUUCCUGUUUCACCAACACUAUAUAGCCAAGAUACUUUUGUUGUGAAACGGAAGAAGGAAAUGACAACCUAUUUGGGAGGUUUUGUAAAAGCUAUGGGUAUUGCAUCUGUUUAUCACAAUUUUGCUCACACUCGACUUUUCACUAAAGGACUUUGGAAGUAGUGAUCGCGUUACGUUUUUCUUUUUUUGAUUGGGUGGAUGACUGUUUGCCUACGUAACUCACUUUUUCAUGAAUCACUGGUUUGCUUGUCAAAUGCAAUAAAACUAGAAACCUUGGAA